UUCCUCUAUUUUCCUCAAUUAGAAUGAUUCACGCGACAUUGUUCCAAUUUAUUUGGAUAUUUAUGAUUAAUUUAUCAGCAGCAGAAGUUUUAAAUUCUAUUCAACACAAAUAUUUUAUUGCUUGUGGAGACACUAUCAUGCGGCUAAACUGUUCAUCAACCGAUGAUAUUCUCAGAAUAAUCGGUGCCAGUUAUGGACGGUUUACCUCAUUUUUAUGUCGUCCAAACUCAUGGCCUACACCUUCUUCAGAAUGGGAUUUACAGUGUUCAGCUAGACGAUCAUUUGCUAUUGCAGCAGGAAGAUGUGAUGGAAAACCUUCUUGUACAUUAAAAGCAUCAACGACGUUGUUCGGUGAUCCAUGUAGGACUACGCCUAAAUAUCUUGAUGUGCUGUAUCGGUGUGUAGAGCAAACUGGUUCAUUAAAGAACAGUCCUCAAAUGCCAACGACUUUACCUUAUCUAUUGACUUUAAUUCAUAAGAUUACAACUCCAAUGGUAACAGAGAGUUCAUCUCCAAUGAUUACAAGUUCUUCUGAGAUUGUUUCUAUUGCUGAAACGUGCAACGAGGAUAGAUCAAACAUUUCAGUUUCAGUUGAAGUUUUUGCAGGUACAUUGACUGCCAUUGUAUCGUUUAUGACUUUCAUCAUCGUUAUAUUGGUUAUCUACUCUAGAUCGAAAUUAAGAUUGUUAAAGUCUUAUGUAGCACAGAAUACCAUCAACACAGUUGAAAACACCCGAUAUCUGGCCUUAAAUAGAGGCAAUAUUGCUGAACCCGGAUAUUCCAGCCUCAGAAGUCCUGAUUAUCUUGAACUGUACUGACAUUUGAUUUAUUUUAAAUAAUUGAGGAGGGAAAUAAAAUAACCGUUUAACUUA